UAUAUGUAAAAGUUGAAAAUGCAAAAGUUGAAAAUGAAAAAGUUGAAAAUGUAAAAGUUGAAAAUGUAAAAGUUGAAAAUGCAAAAGUUGAAAAUAUAAAAGUUGAAAAUGCAAAAGUUGAAAAUGCAAAAGUUGAAAAUGUAAAAGUUGAAAAUGCAAAAGUUGAAAAUGCAAAAGUUGAAAAUGCAAAAGUUGAUAAUGCAAAAGUUGAAAAUGCAAAAGUUGAAAAUGCAAAAGUUGAAAAUGCAAAAGUUGAAAAUGCAAAAGUUGAAAAUGCAAAAGUUGAAAAUGCAAAAGUUGAAAAUGCAAAAGUUGAAAAUAUAAAAGUUGAAAAUGCAAAAGUUGAAAAUGCAAAAGUUGAAAAUAUAAAAGUU